AUGAGGAUCGAGAACGCCAUCCUUCCGGGAAGAGAUCCCAAAUCUCGGUGGGAUAUCGAUUUUGAAAGGAACACCAUCAAAAGGAUACAACCGGCAGCACCAGCAAGGGGUUCAUCUCCAGACCCUUCGCCCUUGCUCCUCCCGCCCCUCUGCCACCCACAUAUCCAUCUGGAUAAGGCGUACCUGUUGACGUGCAACACUCAGCACCAUCCGUCGCAGCCUUCACCGGAGGAGGGAUUCAACCAGCCAGAUUACACUGAUCUUACCCCUCAGGAUGGUUCCUUCAGUGAAGCCCUCAAAUUCACCUCCUUGGCCAAACAACGCUACACAUCUGAAGAUCUCUACUUGCGCGGCGCCCAGCUCCUGGCCACGUCUCUGGCGCAAGGUGUAACCUCGUGCCGGGCUUUUGUCGAACUUGAUCACGUCACCAGUCACUCAUGUAUUGAAGCAGGCCUGCGGCUGAAGGACUGCUUCCAAGGGAAAAUGAAGGUGCAAAUCUGUGCCUUCGCCCAGGAUCCGAUCUUCAGCACCGAUAAUGGUGAGACGAAUCGGCAAGUCCUGCUUCGUGCGCUGGAGGAAUGUGCUGGCCACGUCGAGGUCCUUGGUACAACUCCAUAUGUUGAGAAAUCAGCCGCGGCAAGUUUACAGAACAUCGAGUGGGCAAUUGAGACUGCCAUUAGCCAUUCCCUUCAUUUGGAUUUUCACCUCGACUACAAUCUCGACGAGAUGCAGAAGCCCAUGGUGUGGGAAGUCAUUCGACUCUUGCAAGAAUUGAAUUGGAAUACCCGGGCACAAGCUGGAAAAACAAUCGUUCUAGGCCACUGCAGUCAUCUGACCCUCUGCAGCGACAGCGACACGGAAUUAUUGGCCAAGGAGAUCCAGGACUCGAAACUUCCCAUUCAUUUCGUGGGACUUCCGACAAGCGACCUAUUCAUGAUGGGCCGCCCUACAGCAGCUUCUUCUCCCUCGCAGUCGAGAUCUGCAGACCGUCCUCGCGGGACCCUUCAGGUUCUCGACAUGAUUAAAAAUUUUGGUAUCAACAGCUGUCUCUCUGUGAACAAUGUCGGUAAUGCAUUCACUCCGUGGGGCACCGGGGAUCCUCUGGCUCUGGCAUCGCUAGGUGUUGGGAUCUACCAGGCUGGUACGGACAACGAUGCUAACCUCCUAUUCGAGUGCGUAAGUUCGAGGGCUAGGAAGGCAAUAGGUCUCGACACAGCGAGCGCACUCGAUGACCAUGCUCCGAACAAUGCCGGCCAGGGCCCGACGACUGACUACGAUACGACGGAGCUCAAAGAGGGCCGCAGAGGUGAGCUUCUAUUGAUCAAGAAUAAAGAAUAUGUCUCUUGUCCGGGACAUUUGGGGGUCAAGAUUCCCGCACGCCAGCAAGUCACCGUGAGAGACGUUGUCUGGGACCCACCGCAAGUCAAUCUUCGCCAGGUCUUGAGAUGCCGAUAG